UCCGACUCCAAGUCGCGUCAAUUUCAGAUCUCGAUUCAGCAAACAAAAGCGAAAAACUCAUCCUACCUAACGAUUUGCAGGGGAUAUGAUUUCUAUGGGAUUUGAGAACCAAAAUCUGUAAAGCCAGUAAAGAUACAUAUAUCUAAAUAACCUUUAGUUCAAUCUAGGUACAGAAGGCAAGAAUUUAUCGAAAAGGAAUCGUCUUACAAACUCUAGUAGUAGUAAGGUAUGGAUAAUGAUCAGUUGUCGAUAAAUGGAAAUAGUAAGGAUGAGGAAGACAGAGAAGAGAAGAAUGACGAGGAAGAGAAUGACGAUGAAGAGUCAAAGAAGAAUAAUGAGGCAGGAAAGAUUACAUUUAGGAAUGCACCAGAAUUCAGGAGAGAUUUUAUCAAUUAUUGCUUAGAAGAGGUGAACUAUUCAAGGUCUAUUGGAUCUACGUUGAAGAUACCUUCAUGGGAGAAGAUUGGAGUGAAACUUUCAGAAAAGUAUGGGUAUCCCAUGAAGAACAAAAAGUUAAGGAAUCACUGGGACUACCUUAAGAAACAAUACAUGUCGUGGAACCAGCUUUUAUCCUUGCUGGGACACGGUAAUGAUGAUGUAGAAACAACUAAUUUCAACUGCCCGAAGGAGCAAUGGGAUGAGAUAAGCAAGAAGGUGAAAAAUGCCAAUCAUUUCAAAGAAAAAGGAUUGGAAGAUGCUGAUCUUUUGAAGUGCCUAUUUGGGGAUAUCAGCUUCCCAUUAAUACAACCUUUAAGAACAUCAAAUGUAGAAAUGCAACCAUUAGCUGUUACAUCUGCACCACUAGAUACUCUUGCUUCAGAAGACUCGGAACAACCAGCAAGGAUCACUGACACGGAUUGGGAACCAUCUUGUCAAGAUGUAUCGGAGGAUACAAUGGACACCUCUAAUUCACAAGAACUAAUGAAAAAAACAAAACGGAGGAGGAUCGAGGCUUCAUCAAAUGAUACAGUUAAGGGGAAAGGUAAUUACCCUGUUGAAACAAUUGGUAAACAAUCUGAACAAAAAGAAGUUACCUUGAUGGAAAGACAACAAAGGGCAUUGGAAAAGCAAGAAAUUAUCUUAAAGAAGCUGCAAAAGAUCUUGGAGAAGCAACAAAGUGUAAAGGAAAAGAAGGAAAGUGUUCCAGUGGAUUUUCUUAAGUCACUUGAAAAUUUAAAGGAUGCGGGGCAUAUUACUAAUGAGGAUGCAUUGGAAGUUGAAUUUAAAGUGUCCGAGCUUAGUGGCUGGCAGAAGUUGUUUGUUAAUCUGCCUACUACCGAACGACGAGUUUCUUAUGUUAACAAACUAUUAGGAAAACAGUGAAGAUAUGUGAACUAGAUGUUGCUGGAUUGCGUGUUAGGAAUAUUUUGAUUGAUCAGUACAGUGGUCAAUUAGAUAAGUUUUGAUCUACUUGGUGUAAAUCAUAUCUCUAUCUAUGAAAUCUAUUUUCUCUUUAGCUUCACUUGAUUGUGCACUGCUGAAGGCAUAAGUAAACCUUUUCUGGAGAUGUCAAAGCUGAAACAAAUAUUCUCAGAA